AUGCCCGAGGUGGUAUUCGAUUUUGCGAGCGUUUUACAACUUUAUCUUCGUCUCCGCCUACUACCAAAAGACAUCUUCAUCGCAAUUGACGGGUUAGCGAGUCAUACGGAUAAUCAUUUUCACAAACUACAAAAGCAGCUCCAAUCACUAAUAAGUCUUAAUGGCAAAAACACCAUAAAAAUAUUACUUCAUGGUGCCAUGGGCGAUAUGGGUUACACGUUUGGCGGCCAGGAACAGUUUGACAAAGAGGCCCAGGAGCUCUAUACUUCAUUGGUGACAGUACUCGUCGAUAGCCGGGGUCCAGAUACCAGCCUAAAGCUCCCACUCCUUCGCAGCGCCACCAGUUUGCGUGUUUCCGGCGAAGUCACGCUUGCGAUGAUUAUGUUUGCAAGUUGCUGGUUCUUUGAGUACGAUCCUUCUUCAAUUCCCUUGGUGGUCGAGAUAUGGCGCGCGUGGCUACCCUCCCGACAGACAGACGCGGAGCUUUGUGUGGAGCCUGCGAAACACAUAUAUGUUGGCACAGGACCACACGACGCUCGAAAUGAGUUGAGCAAACACAACGGUCGUGCAGUUGUUAAUUUUUCGCUGAGGCUGUUAGUCCCCCGGGCUCGCCGACAUGCUACUUUAGAUAUUGCUGCCUUCCGCGACAUCAUGGCCUUCAGAAGCGGCAUGUUAGUAGCAGAUUGCUUAUCCAGGGACAACCGUGACAUUGGGGCGUUUAUUCAGGUUGCUGGACAAUUUCCCGCGCUGAUAGACCCUUCAGAGGCGGAAGACAUAUGGUCCGGUCAAUCAAUCCUCGAUUUAGGGCGCACAGUUUUAUUCAUUCGGCAGGUUAAGCACCUCACGAUUUGCCUAGCGACGCCUCGGAGCAUGGGUAUCCUGUUUGCCUUUUUUUGCUGGUGGAAGCUAUUGUCCAAGAAGGGUUGGAUGCUGAGACUUGGCAGCAAAACAUUGACAACCGUCUACGCCUUUGCCAUGAGUGGUCUCUUGGAAUACAACACCAUUUCGGGCCAUAUGACCCUGUUGGUGCUGCUAGGGAAGUGGCCCCACUGUGUAUUCGGAUUUUGA